AACACACACUGUUCACCAAACAAGAUGACUGGUCAGGAUGCGCCACCACCGCCACCAGAGCCGGAGGUCACCAAACCGACUGAAGACAGCCACUCUGAACACGGUCAAGACGAUUCUCGUUCACGCAAUCUGAACGAGCUUUGCCCGGAAAUUCAGGCCAACAUCGUCAAGCACAUCUAUCGACAAUCAGAUCUCAAAUCGCUCUGUCGUACAUCAAAACGAUUGUACGAUGUCGCGGUCAAGCUGCUCUACUACACCGUGAGCCUGGAAAUAGGCAGACGAUCAGAUUUGACACUGAGUGCAAUGCUGAAGUCCACCAAUGCUGGAUUGAAAUGGAUCAGAGUGCUCAGAAUUCAGAUGAACGAGUUUCGAACCAACGAUUUGUCCGAUGCCGACAACUCACGUGCUCAGCCGGUGAUCCGAAUGCUCAUCGAUCACUUGCCUGAGAAUAUUCUUGAAGACUUUGAGUGGUCCCCUUGGCUCGCUUUCGAUGAAGAAACUUUCCUGAUACUUCUCAGCCGCCAGAGGAGGUUGAAAUGGCUGACUGCCUUCAGACUCGACGGAGCGGGUGCUGUCGAUAAACUCGAGGCCUCAGCACCUUACUACGCAGACCUUUACAAGAACUGCUCAAAACUUGCUGUUUACCCGGAUUCAGUGCCAACUUUGGAGCUUGGUCGAUUCUUCCUGUCGAACAUGAAGACGCUGACCGAGUUGAUUCUGCACACCAACUUUUCGCAUGGUCCUGUGCACUACCCGACACGAGAGCUCAAUGACAGUCCCACAGGGCCAGGACUCGUGAACAGAACUCUGUUUCAGCACCUACUUCCAUUUGACAAAAUCAUUGACCCACCCUUUGUCCACCUACGUUCCAUUCGCUUGGUAGACGUUGGCCUCAGGCAUUGUGCGGACACAUACGGUCGCCUUGUUGACUUCACUCAAAUCGAGACGUUGCGUAUUGUCAAGUGUUCUGGUGCAGACGCUUUACUCUCGUUGCUCUGCAAGAGUGCUCAUCUCCCUCGCAAACUUCGCUGCCUGGAGAUCCAGCACAACGACAAUUCGGACAAUGAUGCCUUGACAGCCAUCGACGAUUUUUUGUGCCUCGUCGAAGGCAUUGAGGACCUUUACAUCGACCUGACAAGUGCGAAAGCUAUGCCGAGUGUCGAUAGCAUCAUCAAACACGGUAAAACUUUGGAAGUGCUUCUUGUCCACGCUUCGGAGAACUUGAACGAUGAACUCGUCUGGACCAAUGACGAUUUCCAACGUCUCUGCUCGAGUGCUACGAAACUGCGUCAGAUCAGUUGCGCAUGGCCACCUACAAGCAUCCUGAGGACUAACAGUCCCUCCUGGGAUACAUACCAAUUCAGCAUCCGCUCUUUGUCACACCUGAUAACUCUGCAUAUCAGUACUUUCCCGAGCUGCUCACCUCUCAAGGCCAACCUCGACAGGUCCAUGUACACUGAGCUGCUUCGCUGGCAAGCUGGUCAACUGUUUCUCUUCACACCAUUCACUUCUUUGCCUACACAUUCGAGCCUCAAACUCAUUGCGUUUGGAGUUUCCGAUAAGAUCCCCAGCCGCCAAGACAGCAACAACCAGCUCAUAUUCCUUCGCUCAACUCUAACCAACGCGGAUGGUAGAGAAGAGGUAACGGCAGUGCCAGUCAGCUGGGCACCGAGGCAGUACAUCGAGCCCAGAAGCGACGUUCUCGAUUAUGAGCUCAGUAGAAGGCCAAAGAUACCCAUCAGAGACUAUGCGAGCUAUAUGGACGAAGACGAAGACGAUGAUAUGGUAUGAGAUCCAUGAUGGAGACGAUCAUGGCGUUGCUGACAAUAUUGCUGGAGACGAUCUCGCCAAAUUAAAUGGUCCACGAGCUAUACCUGCGACCGACAGAGGGACGGGUCUAUGGGACGGGCCAGACAGAUACGCGGAGAGAAUUACGAACACAAACAAAGAUAUUCAUACUAUC